CGCAUCGACUACUGCCUCGGGUUGCACUGCUUUGAUUCCCCCCGCCCAAAAACCAUCCCACCAACCGCGCAAGCGACGAAACCAAUCCCCAUGAACGAGAACGAAGACUACUACCAGCACCACCACCACCACCACCAUGGCGGGGACAACCUCACGGUCGACGAAAUGAUCGAGGCGUCCGAGCGGGAAGAGGAGGAAGCACUGAACCACAUCCUGGAGCAAACCGUUCGAAGCGACUCCGAGAAAGAGAGGGACGGUUCAUCCGCCACCGACACGAGGACCCCCCGGGGACGCCUGCCGCAGAACCACAAGAACGGAAGAGUGCUCUCGUCCAUCGGCACGACGAACCUCCGGGAGGGUUCCGAGGCCCAGGACAGCCUGGCGGGGGACGAAACGAUUGGCAACAUCGUCGAGGGCAUUAUGGUUUCGCCGGACGAGGAACAACAACAACAACAGCAGCAACAACAACAACAACAACAACAACAACAGCCACACCACCGCCGGGGGGGAAGGUUCGUCACGGACGAGACCUCGGUGGGGAGCAUCUCGGAAGACAUCGAGUGGAUUCUUUCGCAGCAUAACGAAGGCCACCGCGACGGAGGGGAGGACGGGAGGAAGGAUCGUCACCCAUGCGAGGAGGAGGGAAGCCUCACCCUGGUCAGCUCCCUCAGUGGCGGCGACGACUGCGACGACUCGCAGCGCGCCAGGUUUUGGGCGCUGCUGGGGGGGGCCGGGCCCCCGCGGGGGGAGGGGACCCGGGGGGAAAGAGACAAGGACCCCUCCCCGGCCCCGUGGGGGGUGGUGCCCUCCGGGAAGAAGCCUCCCCCCCCCCGAUCGGGAACCGCGGCCACGGCAAGGAACUCGGACUCGGGGAGCAGCGGCCACCACCACCGCGGAAGCAAGCCUUGCGGAAAGCACCUCCCCUUCCCCAGAACGCCCUCGCGGAGCCCACCGAGCAGCCGUUCCGAAGUACCACGAAAGGACGAUUCUCCCCCGGCCACCCCKUCCACGGUCAUCAUCCGCACAAUGAAACGCCGGGGUCCCUCGGGCUACGACGACUACGACUACGGCUAUGGCGACGACGGAUACGACGACGACGGAUGCGACAGCCGCUUCGAGCUCGAGCUAAGCCCCGGCGGCAGCGAUUCCCCAAGGGAGCCCCUUGGUGCCCGCAGCGGCCCGUUCGGCUUUCUCAAGCGCUUUGCCGAGGGCGAGAACGGAACUGUGUGCCGGUGGCUGGCCAUCGGCAUCGCGGUCCUGGUGGCCGUCCUCCUGUCGCUCCUCGCCGCGGUCUUUGCCGAGCUGGGGAGGCCGGCCCCGGYUCCGCUCGAACCCGCAGGGGUGGCCGGGUCUCCCCCCGGCGGGGGUUCCUACGGRAGCUUCGAUCCCCCCCCGGUGGUCCACACCGCGGGUCCCGGUGCUAGUGCUAGUGCUGGUGCCUGGCUGGCCACCUCCGCCCCUCUCGGGGCCGGGGAAGGCGGUUUGACGGAGGAGGCUCUUCCCCUGUUUGCCGAGGACACCGAAACCGGCAUUCCCGUCGCUGCUGCCGAUGUCGACGAUGAUGAUACUGCUGCUGACGCCGAUGCUGAUCUUGAUGCUGAUCUGAAUGCCGAUCUUAAUGCUGAUCUUAAUGUUGAUCUAAAUGUUGAUCCUAAUGUUGAUCCUGAUGUUGAUCCUGAUGUUGAUCCUGAUGUUGAUCCUGAUGUUGAUCCUGAUACUGCUGCCGAUGCUGCCGCCGAUGCUGAUGAUGAUCCUGAUGCUGACCCUGAUGCUGAUCCUGCUGCCGAUGCUGAUGAUGAUCCUGAUGCUGAUCCUGAUGCUGCUGAUGUUGAUGCUGCUGAUCCUGAUGCUGCUGAUCCUGAUGCUGCUGAUGUUGAUGCUGCUGAUCCUGAUGCUGCUGAUCCUGAUGCUGCUGAUCCUGAUGCUGCUGAUGUUGAUGCUACUGAUCAAGAUGCUGUUGAUGUUGAUGUUACUAAUAUUGAUACUGCCGCACAAAAUGAAAACCUCGGACUGGCACCGGCAGRGAAAGAGACUCCUUCCCCGCUUGCUCGAGAAACCGCGGCUCCUCUCACGUCAGYGCAAACCGAAGCUCYCAAGGCGGAAGAAGAAACCACUCUUUCGAUUUCUCGCGACACCAAAGAUCCUUUCACGGAAGCACCGACCAAGGUUCCCGAGGAGGAAGAAGAAGCUGGUUGGGAAACCGCAGCACCGACCGACGAAGAAACAAAAUUCCCUUACACGAAAGCGCCAGUCCAGGAAGAAGGCGAAACCGUUCUUCCCCUUUAUGACGAAAUCAAAGAUCCGGUCACGGAACCACCAACCGAUAAACUUCCGUGGGCCGAAGAAACAAAAGAUCUGUACACGGCAGUGCCAACGGAAGCAUCCAAGCAGGAAGCCCAUCCCCACGAGAUGACCGCGGAAACCCCGGGCAGCAUCUUCCCCAGAGACAAAAGACUCAUGGAAACCAUUGCGACACGGCUGCCGGAGAGCCUGGCGAGGUUGAAAGACAGUGCUUCCCCACAAUACCGUGCGCUCGAAUGGUUGACCGCACACCAGCCCGAUCCCAUCGAAAUACUCAUCAAUCCGUCGCGAUUGGAACAGAAGUAUGCGCUAGCGGUCCUCUACUACGAGACGGGAGGUGAUCAAUGGGAGAAUAACACCGGUUGGUUGACUGGUCACAACGAGUGCGAAUGGUUCUCGACAUCCCAGUCACCGGAUCAAUCCGUUUGUGAUUCCAUGGGGCGAAUCACCGAGAUCGAUCUGAGCUCCAACAACCUCAGGGGUUCCAUUCCGCCCGAGAUUGUUCUUCUCUCUGACCAUCUCAAGAGCAUCUCUGUCGAUGGCAAUUCCCUGUCUGGUGCGAUACCWCCGGCGAUUGGCAGGGAGAUGACCAACCUGGAGCGAUUCGACGCCCAGCGGAAUGCCCUCACCGGGACGAUACCUACCGAACUCGGCGAGCUUGCAAGCCUCACGAGCCUGAAACUCAGCAGCAACAAACUCGUGGGAUCGAUUCCUUGGCAGCUGAGUGACCUCGUCAACCUAGAAACACUCGACCUGUCCUCGAACCAGCUCACGGGUGGAAUUCCUUUUUUGCUGGGUGGCCUGACGGCAUUAAGUAAGUUGCAUGUUUCUGGCACCUGCCGGUCUCGCGUCUCGUUCUCGGUUUUCCCGAUGCGCUCCCCCUGCCCGAUCUAACAGGUGUGUUUUCACCUCUCUUGUUUUUUGUUUGUUCGAUCCUUCCAACCGGCAGACGAGCUGAUCCUCCGGAACACCGGCAUAUCGGGUGGGAUUCCCGUCGAAAUCGCGAACCUCUGGUCUCUAAAAACCCUCCGGCUCGAACAGACCGAUCUGGAAGGAGAGAUGCCGGCUCCGUUUUGCCUCUGGCUGCGGCCGCUCCUGGAAUCCGCCGUGGUGGAUUGCGAGAAGGUUGCGUGUUCGUGCUGCGACGGAUGCUGAGCCGGUCGAUCCAUGAACGAUGCAUUCCUGGCAUACUAGUGAACCGAGGCAAGGCAUUUCGAACAAGUUUGUGAUUUUCACAACGGGAUUGAUUGUUUCGAAUCCAGCAUGAUUUGUAUCUAUUUUGAACUAAACUAUAACGUUAUGA